GGACGGGCCCCAUCCACCUGAACGAGGUGCAGUGCCGGGGCACCGAGAAGUCCCUGUGGAACUGUCCCUUCAGGAACAUCACCCAGGAGGACUGCAAGCACACGGAGGACGCUGCUGUUCGCUGCAACAUCCCCUACAUGGGCUACGAGAACCUGAUCCGCCUGGCCGGCGGGAGGACAGAGUUUGAGGGCCGCGUGGAGGUGAAGCGAGGCAGUAAGUGGGGCACGGUCUGCAGCGAUGGCUGGACCACCAAGGAGGCCAUGGUGGCCUGUCGUCAGCUCGGCCUGGGCUACUCCCUGCAUGCUGUGACGGAGACGUGGUACUGGGACGCCAGCAACGUGACAGAGAUGGUCAUGAGCGGGGUGAAGUGCGCCGGCCACGAGAUGUCCCUGAGCCACUGCCAGCACCACGGCGCCAGCCUGAGCUGCAGGAACACGGGCACACGCUUCGCUGCGGGCGUUAUCUGCUCUGAGAGCACUACCACAGCAUGGACAUCUUCACCCACUACGACAUCCUGACCCCCAACGGCACCAAGGUGGCCGAGGGACACAAGGCCAGCUUCUGCCUGGAGGACACCGAGUGCGAGGAAGGCGUGGCCAAGAGGUACGAGUGUGCCAACUUUGGGGAGCAGGGCAUCACCGUGGGCUGUUGGGACCUGUACCGGCACGACAUCGACUGCCAGUGGAUCGACAUCACCGACGUCAAGCCAGGCAACUACAUCCUGCAGGUCGUGAUCAACCCCAACUUCGAGGUGGCAGAAAGUGACUUCACCAACAAUGCCAUGAAAUGCAACUGCAAGUACGACGGGCACCGCAUCUGGGUGCACAGCUGCCACAUUGGAGAUGCGCUCAGCGAGGAGGCCAACAAGCGGUUUGAGCAGUACCCAGGUCAGCUCAACAACCAGAUUUCAUAGAGCCCUGGCCCUGGGGAGACAGGCAUCUCCCUCCCUCACCCCAUACUGCUGGGAGGAAGCUGCUGGAAGACCAGCAGGGAGGCCUGAUGCCCAGUGCUGCUGCCACUGUGUCCUGCCGGGGACUGCCCAGGACUCGCCACUGGCUGCCCUUGCCCACCUUGGUGGGGCUGGUGCUGGAGGCACUGACACCUGCACCUCCCAGCCUGGGGCUGCCACCCCAACCACUGGCCAGAAGAGCGUGCCCACAUCCCCUGGGCUGUGGCACAUGGGUACAGUCCGGGAGGUCCUGCAUCCCUCCCAAACCAGCUGCACCCCAACUCCUACUGCCCCUUUCAGCCCUGGUUCCUCCAGCUCACCCCCUCAGCUGGCCCCAGGGCCCACCACCCACACAGGGCCCCAGGAGCCCCUGGUUCCUCCGGGGAUGGUGCAGGUGUCUCUGCCCACAGUGCUGCCCAGGGGUGGCUCCUACCCCAUCUCUCAGUUGUAAUUUUAUUUCCUCUAUAAAGUUGUAAGUUCUGUUUCCCAGUGGUUGCUGGCAUAUCUCUGGGCUGGGAUGAGGAGCAGGUGGCAGGGUUCAUUCUGCCAGGCUGGUUGCCACCCUGGCACAGUGUGGGAGUAUCCCCUGGUCCCUGUAAUGCCUCAUCCACACAGCCCUGGCCCCACAGCAGCCCCCAGCACCCUCCUCAGCCAGGGCUGGUCCUCUGGGGGAAGCUCAGGUGAGCGAGAGGAAGGGACCAGCAGCAGCCCCACAGCACCGUGUGGGGAGCAACUGAGGAGCAGGGAUGUGGGGAAGAGCUGGUUCCACCUCACCAGAUCCAUGGUGAAUGUUACUGAGCAGAAAUCCCAUCCUGGGGCUGUGACCCUUGAGGAUUGGGGUCCACAGG